AUGCCUUUCGCCAAGCGGAUCGUGGAGCCGCAGUGGCUUUGCCGGCAGCGGCGCCCGGCUCUCGGCCCAGAUGAGGACACGAGUGGAGGUAGCGUUGAGCCGCCGCCCCUACAGCCGCCUGGCCGGCGGGAAGAGGCCGAGGCACCGGGGCCAGAGGAGCCUCCCCGUGUACCCCCUGCGCCUCUCCCACUGCCACCACCUCCGCCGUCUUUGCCGGCGCCGGCCGAGCAGGCUCAGCAGCCACCGGACGAGGCGCGCGAGGCCGGGGAAGAGAGCGUGGCUGGGGUCCCGGAGGCAGCAUCGGCCACGGGCGAGGCGUCCACGGCUGCGGCCGAAGCUAUGUUGCUCAUGCUAGAUCUGUGCGCCGUCAGCAACGCUGCGCUGGCCAGGGUCCUCCGGCAGCUCUCAGACGUGGCCCGGCACGCGUGCAGCCUCUUCCAAGAGCUCGAGAGCGACAUCCAGCUUACUCACCGCCGCGUCUGGGCGCUUCAGGGCAAGCUCGGCAACGUGCAGCGCGUCCUCAGCACGUUGGACCCCAAGCAGGAGGCAGUGCCUGUCUCCAACUUGGACGUCGAGAGUAAGCUGAGUGCAUACUACCGUGCGCCAUGGCACCAGCAGCGGAACAUCUUCCUUCCAGCUACCAGGCCACCCUGUGUGGAGGAGCUGCACCGCCAUGCCAGACAGAGUCUACAAGCCCUGCGCAGAGAACACCGGAGCCGAAGUGAUCGUCGCGAGCAAAGAGCUGCUGCUCCCCUGUCCAUAGCUGCUCCACCACUGCCAUCCUACCCUCCUGCUCACAGCCAGAGGAGGCGCGAGGCCAAGGACCGCCAUUUCCUAACGUUUAACAGCACCCGCUCGCCCUCCCCCACUGAAUGUUGCCACAUGGCCCCAUGGAGUAGAAAGUCCCACUCUGCAGAGGAUGAAGACACAGAUGUCAUGUUAGGACAGAGACCAAAAAACCCAAUACACAAUGUCCCCUCUACACUGGACAAGCAGACCAACUGGAACAAAGCGCUACCUCUCCCGACUCCUGAGGAGAAGAUGAAACAGGAUGCUCAAGUGAUUUCUUCUUGCAUUAUUCCCAUCAAUGUCACUGGAGUUGGCUUUGACAGAGAAGCUAGUAUACGCUGUUCUCUUGUUCAUUCACAAUCCGUCCUACAGCGGAGACGAAAAUUGAGGAGAAGGAAAACCAUCUCGGGGAUUCCCAGAAGAGUUCAACAAGAAAUAGAUUCCGAUGAAUCACCCGUGGCCAGGGAAAGGAAUGUGAUUGUGCACACAAACCCAGACCCCUCCAACACUGUCAAUAGGAGGUCCGGAACCAGGGACUCUGAAUGCCAAACUGAAGAUAUUCUGAUUGCUGCCCCAUCCAGAAGGAGAAUCAGAGCUCAAAGGGGUCAAAGCAUUGCAGCUUCCCUUUCUCAUUCUGCUGGCAACAUCUCUGCCCUGGGAGACAAAGGCGACACCAUGUUUACUCCUGUAGUGAGCAGCCGCACGAGAUCUCGGAGCCUUCCUCGGGAGGGAAAUAGAGGUGGAGAUGCUGAACCCAAAGUUGGUGCUAAACCCUCAGCAUAUGAAGAAGGAGAGCCUUUUGUGGGUGACCAUGAAAGAGCCCCUAAUGAUCGUAGUGAAGCUCCAGGCAGCCCAAGUGCACAGGAACACCAGCCUGCUUUGGGCCUGGCCUGCUCUCAGCAUCAUCACAGCCCCCAGCACAAGUUACGUGAGAGGGGGAGGUCUCGUCUGUCCCGAAUGGCGGCUGACUCUGGAAGCUGUGACAUCUCCUCCAACUCAGACACCUUUGGAAGCCCAAUCCAUUGCAUUUCCACAGCUAGUGUCCUCCUCAGCAGCCACAUGGACCAGAAAGAUGACCACCAGUCGUCCAGUGGGAAUUGGAGUGGGAGCAGCUCCACGUGCCCCUCCCAGACCUCAGAGACAAUCCCCCCUGCCGCUUCUCCUCCCCUCACUGGCUCUUCGCACUGUGACUCGGAAUUGUCACUGAACAUUGCUCCGAAUGCUAAUGAAGACACCAGUGUCUUCGUGACAGAACAGUACAAUGACCACUUGGAUAAAGUAAGAGGCCACCGGACAAACUCCUUCACGUCCACUGUUGCAGAUCUGCUGGAUGACCCCAACAACAGCAAUGCAAGCGACAGUGAGUGGAAUUAUCUGCACCACCAUCAUGACGCAUCCUGCCGCCAAGAUUUUAGUCCUGAGCGUCCAAAGGCAGAUAGCUUGGGCUGCCCAAGUUUCACAAGCAUGGGCACCUAUGACAGCUUUCUGGAAAAGUCUCCUUCAGACAAAGCAGAUACUAGCUCUCAUUUCUCAGUGGAUACAGAAGGAUACUAUACCUCGAUGCACUUUGACUGUGGUCUCAAAGGUAAUAAGAGCUAUGUCUGUCACUAUGCAGGCCUGGGCCCAGAGAAUGGUCAGGGUGUAGGAGUUCCUCCUGGUCUUCCGGACUGUGCCUGGCAAGACUACUUAGACCACAGGAGGCAGGGGAGACCAAGCAUCUCUUUCAGGAAACCAAAGGCAAAGCCAACUCCACCUAAACGUAGCUCAUCAUUGAGAAAGUCUGAUGAAAACACAGAGAUUUCUGAGAAGAAAGAACCAAAGAUAAGCAGUGGUCAGCAUCUGCCUCACAGUUCCAGGGAAAUGAAGCUGCCUAUUGAUUUCUCCAACAUGCCUUCUCGAGUGGAAAAUGCCAAUCUGCCUGCAAAGCAGGACUCUCCUUGGAUAAACCAGAGUGAACACGCUGUUAAGGAACCUCAGUUGGAUGCUACAGACAUUUCACCUUUCAAAAAUGAAGGUGCUGCUGAAUCAACUCACUAUGCAGACCUCUGGCUUCUAAAUGACUUGAAAACAAAUGAUCCUUACAGAUCCUUGUCUAAUUCAAGCACUGCUACGGGUACCACAGUUAUCGAAUGCAUCAAAUCUCCGGAGAGUUCUGAAUCCCAAACAUCCCAGUCAGAAUCAAGGGCCACCACCCCAUCUCUUCCUUCUGUCGAUAAUGAAUUUAAACUGGCUUCACCAGAAAAGCUGGCUGGCUUGGCAUCUCCAUCAAGUGGCUACUCAAGCCAGUCAGAAACACCAACCUCCUCUUUCCCAACAGCUUUCUUUUCAGGUCCGUUGUCUCCUGGAGGUAGCAAAAGAAAACCUAAAGUCCCAGAAAGGAAAUCCUCACUACAGCAACCGUCUUUGAAAGAUGGAGCCCUGUCAUUGAAUAAAGAUUUGGAACUUCCGAUUAUACCUCCUACCCAUCUUGACCUAAGUGCUCUUCAUAAUGUUUUGAACAAACCAUUCCACCACCGCCACCCGCUGCAUGUUUUUAGUCAUAAACAGAACACAGUCGGAGAUAUGCUGAGGUCAAACCCUCCGCCGUCUCUUGCAAUCACACCAACGGUCCUAAAAUCUGUCAACCUUCGGUCUAUCAGUAAGUCUGAGGAAGUUAAGCAAAAGGAGGACAAUAAUACAGAUCUCCCUGGCUUAGAAGAGAGUACUGCAACAGUGGCUUCUGCGGCUUCUGUAUCUCCAGGUAAAACAAGGCCACACCCAGCAAGGAAAUCAGUAUCGCGCCAGUACUCUGCUGAAGACACCCUCCUGUCCUUUUUAGAUGCCUCUGCAGUGGAAAUGGGGCCAGAGAAGCAUCUGGAAAAGAAUCCUACUUUUGAUGUGAAGAGUCAUUAUGAUCCAGAAACUGUAACCUCAGCUGGUAGCAAUCCUCCAGAUUCAAGUGUUAUGAAAGACCAAAUACAGAUGGAAAGUGAGCUUAUUCCAGAAAAGAUACCAAGUAAGAACUGUGGCUAUUCAACGGGGUUUCAGCGGGUGUCUGCUACCCGCCCCAGUGAUUUGGGCAGUAAAAUGAUGCAGUACGGAGCUAGCCCAGAUGGAGUCCCACAACAAGGACCAAAGGCACCCUCUGGAGUUGGGGGAGAAGGUGUGAAACUGGAAUCUGUGGAUGGAAUCACACUUCAAGCCAACUCACCAACUAGAGUAACAGACAUAAGCAGUCACCAUAAGCAUCAACGUGCUGUGAGCCGUCACCACGACAAAGUGCCUGUGACCAUCCGCCAUGAGUCAGAGAUGUCAACUAUAAAUUCAUUCCCUGAAAAAUGUUCUGAGCAGGAAAAUAUUGCUUCAGGUAUUUCACCCAAAAGUGCCUCUGACAACAGCAGAGCAGAGGAGACCCAAGGAAGUAUGGAUGAGACUUCAUUGAAAGAAUCAUCACCGAGUGAUGACUCCAUCACUUCACCGCUCAGUGAGGACUCUCAAGCUGAAGCUGAGGGUGUGUUUGUGUCUCCAAACAAACCUCGAACAACUGAGGAUCUAUUCGCUGUCAUUCACAGAUCCAAGAGGAAAGUCCUUGGAAGGAAAGAUUCUGGGGACAUGUCUAUUAGAAGCAAAUCCAGGCUUCCCCUUGGCAGCAGUAGCAGCAGUGCCUGUUCUGUCGCUUCACCCGGCAGCAAUGUGACAUCUGGGACUAGCCAGAGGUCUCCUGGUCUCAUCUACCGAAAUGCCAAAAAGUCCAAUACAUCCAACGAAGAAUUUAAGCUACUACUUCUCAAGAAAGGCAGUCGCUCUGAUUCUAGUUACCGUAUGUCUGCCACGGAAAUCCUGAAGAGCCCCAUCCUGCCCAAGCCUCCUGGAGAGUUCACUUCAGAGUCCCCACAAAGCCCUGAUGAUACCCACCAGGGCACACCUGGGGCUGAAGUGCUGUCCCCUCUGUCCCCGUGCUCUCCACGAGUCAAUGCAGAAGGGUUUUCCUUGAAAACCUUUGCCACCUCAGCAUCAUCCCGGGUUGGACGUUCCCGGGUCCCACCUGUGGCCAGCAGCAGCCGCUACAGUGUCCGCUGCAGGCUGUACAGUACACCAAUGCAGGCCAUCUCCGAGGGAGAGACUGAAAACUCGGACGGGAGCCCACAUGAUGACCGAUCCUCCCAGAGUUCCACAUAGUUUGCCUGAGCCAAGCAGACCUCAGAUGUACAACCCCUUACUGUUGAACAAAUUGUGUGAUGACGUAGAGGAACUAACUGGGAGAAGAAGCAACAGGGUGGGGGAAUCACAUCGUUUCUUGGCCAUGAGCUUCUACAUAUGUGCUGGAGAAACAGAAAGUGAUUGAGUCAUUUUUUUAAUUAGUUUUCAUGUUUUAAGUAGCAGUUCUGUCUGUCGUGAUUUUCUUUAGCAUAGUUUGAUUUACCCGAUCUCAUUCGUUGUGAUAAUAAAGAAUACAAAAAUAUCUAACUUUCUUGAAACCUAGACAAGGUUUUCCCAGAGCUGCCUAUUCUGAAAAUAAAGCCCUCACUGUCAUACUUUAAGAAGAUGAAAUUACUCUGGAGGUUUGGUAUUUUUUUACAUUAAAAUGAACUAAAGCAAGAUUUAGAAGAAAGAACUACACAUAUGUAAAUACCAUAUUUUUGAUAAAAAUGUGUAAAUAGAUUUAUCAAUGAUGAGUGGACAAGUGGCCAAUUAUCUACCACACACCAACUGUUUAUAGGACACACACAAAAUAUAAUAACUGUAUUCUGUGAAUACCAUUUUCAUAUCAAAUACCAUAUUUAAAUGUCCACCAACAUGAUUUCUGAGUGAUAAACCUCAAAUAUGAAUUUAAAACUGGUGAAAUAAUGGAAAUAUUGAGAUCAUGUACUGAAUUGUGAUUAAUUUAAAAUAACGAAUUCAGACCUAAUCAUUGUUGUGACAAAUUGUAGCAGAAACAAGCUAAUCUGAGUUUGUGGCUGUGUCUUGCCAUGUGGCAAUUUGAACAGAGUGAAAAGCAUGCUUUUGAUCUUUUUAACCAACGAGAGAAAUCAUCCUUCUCAAUGCAAAGAACCCCCCCUCCCAAUAGCAUUAAACAGUGUCCUUUAGAGUCUAAUUUUUUUUCCAGUGGAUUGCUUUAAGAAGAAUGAGUAGAGAAACCAGUAGUUAAUUUUAGGUCAUGUUUUCUAUAAGGCUACUGGGGACAAACAGUCAUACUCUCAUGACUAUACUUGUUAAGCUUCUUAAUUAGCUCCAGGUUCUUAAACUAACAGAGAUAGAACCUAAGCAUGCCACAGAGCUAUUGAAUUCUCAGUAAGCACCCGCCCUGUGAUGAGUUUUCAGCGAAGCUUUUUCUCUGUGCUGAUGAGCUUCAUGCUACCUAAAACUUAACAGAAGUGACACUGUGAACAAUGUCGUUGGGAAAUGAGUAUGUGUAUAUGCAUUAUUUAUAUUCACUCUUCACCUGGGCAUGGGGAGCAGCUCUGGUUCACAAUGCUACA